AUGGCGGUAUCUAAAGAAGAGUUUAACGCUUUUCACAAGAUCGACAGAACUUUGUUCUUCCGUCUUGUCUUUGUUCUUAACCGCGACAUGAACCAGUCGUAUGAAGUGUUUGCUUUUCUCUACUUGCUGGAGCAAAUGAAUUACGCUCGCAACGUGGUCUCGUACGUUGUCUCGUUGCCAGACGCAUUCAUCGAUGCGGUUGCGAAUGAGAUCGUCGCGUGCUUGAGUUUCCUGUACAACAAGGAUUACGCAACGUUAUUCGUUGCCAACAACACCGAUGAUCAUUCGGUUAUUCCUUUGGUCAUGCGUAUCACUGGAGGCAGGCUUACGAUCAAGUUCAUCAACCAAAGCCGUGACGCUUUGCUUCUUGGAGUGAGGAAGAAUCUGAGCGACAUCUGCACCAGAGCUUUUGAUGACAUGUGCGUGAGAGCGGAGAGGUACUACCAGGAGAUUCUGUUGGCUAUAGAGAGAGAGAAAGUCCUUGAAGAUUUGAAGAAUAUCAGGUUGAGUUCUCAACAAGCAACCAUCAACAGGCAGAGUGUUCAACAAGAAAGGGUUCUCACUCCUACUCUUCCUCCAUCUGUUGAAGAUGAAGCAAACAAGAUCGACACAGAGACAGAUCAGGAGGUGAAGACGGAUGAUGGAGAGGUGGUGGUGGCGGCGGAUGACCGGACGGUGUUUCUGACGUUUUCGAAAGGGUAUCCGAUCUCGGAAGAGGAAGUUAGGGUUUACUUCACGAGGAAGUUCGGGGAAGUGAUCGAUGCGGUGGAGAUGCAAGAAGUAGAAGAUAAUGAGCAACCUUUGUUUGCGAGGAUGGUCAUGAAGACUGAACACAUGUCGAUGAUUGAAGAGAUCGUUACUGUGAGGAACAGGAACAAGUUCACUAUCGAUGGCAAACAUGUCUGGGCUCGCAAGUACGUUCGCAAGAACGCUAAUCCAUCUGCUGCGUCCACCUCCUCUUCCCAGAUUUGA